AACUUUGUGUUCUUGUACUUGUUUGGUGACUCAAGCAAAACUCCCAAGCUAUGGCUGAGAAGGUAGUAGUGAUGAUGAAGUUGAAAGUGGAUCUAAACUGUUCCAAAUGCUAUAAAAAGGUUAAGAAAGCUCUCGGCAAAUUCCCUCAAAUAACAGACGAAUUAUUCGAUGAGAAGUCGAACACGAUCAUCAUCAAAGUGGUUUGUUACGAUCCUGAGAGGCUAAUGAACAAACUUUGCUACAAAGGAGACGGUUCUAUCAAGUCCAUCGUGAUCCUUGAGCCACCCAAACCCCAGCCUCAACCCCAGCCUCAACCUCCUCUGAAGCCUAAAGAACCAGCCCCAGUCCUAGUCCAAGCCCCAGCUCCAGCUCCAGCUCCAGCUCCAGUUCCGGCUCCUGUUUUUGUUUCGGCUCCGGCUCCUCAACCGAUGCCGAUGUGGCAGCCGUAUCAUUGUGGGCCGUAUUACGAGGCCCAACAACACCAAUGUUACGGAAGGCCUGUUUACGAGAGCUGGGGAGGUGGACGACAUUGUUGCCACGAAGACAUGAACUCUCAAGGAUGCUCCAUCAUGUGAAACGCUUGAAUUGAAUACAAGUCUCAUACUUCU